GUCAGAUUUCAUUUAAUGUGUAAAACAAUUUACAAAGAACAAAUAAAUAAUAUUCAAGUGAAUUAAAAUAAUGCAAAGUGCAAUAAUUAUUUCACAAUUUUUUAUUUUUACUUUUACUCUUGAGGGAAUAGUAGCCGAAGCAACAUGGAAAACAACUCGACUGGUUGACGGGCGCACGCGCUACGAGGGACGCGUAGAGGUGUUCGUUAAUGGCACGUGGGGAACGGUUUGUGACGACAAUUUCUCGAUGCCGGACGGGCAUGUCGCCUGCAGACAGCUGGGAUUUGAGACCGUGCUUAAAGUGUUUGGUGGGAGUCACUUUGGUCCAGGAACAGGUCCGAUAUUUCACGAUGACCUUUACUGUUGGGGAACAGAAAAUAGCCUUGACGAAUGCCACGGAACACAUGACCCGACGGCGUCUGACUGUGUCCACACGGAGGAUAUCGGAGUCCGAUGUUCGCCCCCAACAGUCACGUCAGCCAAAGACUGUAGAGACUCGCAGUUUCUAUGUGGCUCAGAACGAAAGUGCAUCCCCCGUCAGUGGCUGUGUGACGGACACGCAGACUGCGCUGAGGAUGAGUUACCACUUCUCUGCAACCUUUCACACACGUGUGGGGAACAAGUAGUACAGCCGUUGUCUAGACGUAUAGUAGGUGGAAACAACGCGCAUCAAGGAUCGUGGCCAUGGAUUACGUCACUCAAAGUGACGUCACAUGGUGGCUUAAUGGCGCAAGAGAUACUGUGUGCUGGCACGUUGAUUGACAAGAGAUGGGUUUUGACAGCAGCACAUUGCUUUGACAAUUUCAGACCAACUUCAUCUUCCUUUCAAGUAGUCGUGGGGGAUUACAACACCAAAUCAACUGAUCUUCACGAACAUAGUGUAUCUGUGAAUCACGUAUACAAACACAACGAGUACCACCCAGGGCGGCAUGGAAACGACAUUGCAUUGAUCAAGUUAUCCCAGGGUGUGACACGUAGCAAGCGGCAAGUUUGGCAAGCAUGUUUGCCAAAGUUUGACACCGAGCCGUUUGGUCCGGGUGACUCGUGCUACGUAACGGGCUGGGGAGAAUCCAGAGGCACAACAACAACUGGGAUCUUGCAGGAAGCGAUGGUUCCCAUCAUCAACAAAACCCUGUGUAACACGUGGUAUAACAAUACGCUGGGCCCAGGAAUGAUAUGUGCAGGGUACCAGUUCGGGGGAAUAGACGCUUGCAGGGGGGAUAGUGGCGGACCUUUGUCAUGCAAACGAGGCGACAGGUGGUUCAUAGCGGGCAUUGUAUCUUGGGGUGAAGGCUGUGCAAAGGCUCAUCAUCCGGGCGUUUAUACUGACGUCACAUAUUACAGCCCAUGGAUUGCUGACGUCAUACACAGAAAUACUGCAACGAUCACACCGGCGGACUUGUUUGGAUAACAAAAGUGUUUAAUAAGUGGGAGGAUGCCAUCUCAUUUUACAA